AUGGGAGGUAUCCGUGAAAAGAAGUCUGAAUACUUUUCCAAGCUAAGAGAGUACCUCGAGGAAUACAAGUCCGUGUUCGUUGUUGGUGUCGACAAUGUCUCGUCCCAGCAGAUGCACGAGGUCAGAAAGGCUCUAAGAGGCCGCGGUGUCGUGCUCAUGGGUAAGAACACCAUGGUCAGACGUGCCAUCAGAGGUUUCUUGGCCGACUUGCCAGACUACGAAAAAUUGUUGCCUUUCGUCAAGGGUAACGUUGGUUUCGUUUUCAGCAACGAGUCCUUGUCUGACAUCAAGGAAGUGAUUGUGUCCAACACCGUCGCUGCCCCAGCCAAGGCCGGUGCCGUGGCUCCAGAAGACAUCUGGGUCAACGCCGUCAACACCGGUAUGGAACCUGGUAAGACCUCUUUCUUCCAGGCCUUGGGUGUCCCAACCAAGAUUGCCAGAGGUACCAUUGAAAUUGUCUCCGACGUCAAGGUCGUCGAGUCCGGUAACAAGGUCGGUGCCUCCGAAGCCGCUUUGUUGAACUUGUUGAACAUCUCGCCUUUCACUUUCGGUUUGACCAUUGUGCAAGUUUACGACAACGGCCAGGUGUUCCCAUCCACCAUCUUGGACAUCACCGACGACGAGCUUGUUUCCCACUUUGUCUCUGCCAUCAACACCGUCGCCUGUGUUUCCUUGGCCGUUGGUUACCCAACUCUUCCUUCCGUUGGCCACUCCGUUGUCAACAACUACAAGGACUUGUUGGCCGUUGCCGUUGCCUCCAACUACAUCUACCCUGAGAUCGAAGAGUUGGCCGACAGAAUCGCCAACCCUGAGAAGUACGCUUCUGCUGCUCCUGUCGCCGCUGCUGCCUCUGAGGCUCCAGCUGAGGAAGCCGCCGCUGAGGAGGCUGAGGAGUCUGAGGACGACGACAUGGGAUUCGGUUUGUUCGAUUAA